AUGGCCGAGAUUCGACGAAAGCUCGUUAUUGUCGGUGACGGCGCCUGUGGAAAGACCUGUCUGCUCAUCGUCUUCUCCAAGGGCACCUUCCCCGAGGUCUACGUCCCCACCGUCUUCGAGAACUACGUCGCCGAUGUAGAGGUUGACGGCAAGCACGUCGAGCUCGCCCUUUGGGAUACCGCUGGCCAGGAAGAUUACGACCGUCUCCGCCCUCUCUCCUACCCCGACUCGCACGUUAUCCUCAUCUGCUUCGCCAUCGACUCACCCGAUUCGCUUGACAACGUCCAGGAGAAGUGGAUCUCCGAGGUUCUGCACUUCUGCCAGGGCCUUCCCAUCAUCCUCGUUGGAUGUAAGAAGGAUCUGCGCUUCGACCAGAAGACGAUUGAGGAGCUACACAAGACCUCGCAGAAGCCCGUGACACCCGAGCAGGCCGAGGAUGUGCGCAAGAAGAUUGGUGCCCAGAAGUACCUCGAGUGCUCGGCCAAGACGAACGAGGGCGUCCGAGAAGUAUUCGAGCACGCCACCCGGGCUGCUCUGUUGACCCGGAAAGAGAAGAAGACCAAGAAGUGCUUGAUCUUGUAA